GCUGUAUUUCAUUUGAACAGAACCCACGGCAACCAUGACUUUCAUCACCAUCUUCAUCUGGACUCUGGUCUGUUACGCACAAGGGUCUUGGGGCCAGUAUGUAUUGACUCAGUCUGCAGCUCAAUCAGUCCAGCCGGGUCAAACUGUCUCUAUUGACUGUAGCGCCAGUAGUAAAGUUGCUCGGUACUCUGGCUCACAGUAUUACCUGGCCUGGUACCAUCAGACGUCUGUAGACGCUCCUAAACUCCUGAUCUAUCGCACAUCAGACAGGUUCACAGGAGUUUCCACCAGGUUCAGUGGCAGUGGGAGAGGAAAUGGUGUUGACUUCACUCUGACCAUCAGUAAAGUCCAGGCUGAGGAUACAGGAGUUUACUACUGUCAGAGUUACCACAGUGGUCCUGUGUUCACACACACACUACACCCCCACCACGGAGCACCCAGCUUCCUCUCCCAGGGGCCUGAGCUAGCUUACAUUCAGGAGUCACUGCGCGGUCCCCUCCGUUCCCGUGCUCUUCUCCCCGCAGUCGUCUCCGGCCCGUGGCUGACGGAGCUGCAGCGCGGUGCAAGCGCCCUGGACCCCCGCCGCAUUGCCCCCAGCUUCCUCUCCCAGGGGCCUGAGCUGACCGACUUCCAGGAGUCCCUGGAGCAACUCCACCUCCUGGCCCGCUGUUACAGUGACGACAGCGGCGGCAUGAUGCUCUCCUCCUCAGAAGAGGACGACUAUGUUUGA